AUGGCUAUCAUGUCAUCCAUUCGACAAGAACUCAGGAGAUAUCGGUCCCAAGUCCAUUUCCAAAGCAUGGGGGGCCAUAAAUCACGCACCAACGUGGAGACUUUCAACGACCCCAGAGACAAUGAGAUGGAAUGGGAAAUGACACAUAGGCCUAAUCCCACAUCUCAAGCUGUCGAUCAGCUGCGUCUGGAGCUACGAACUGAAUUGGAUCUAGGCCUCGAUUCAGUCAUCAACAGAAUCGAUGCCGGACACCAAAAGUUCUUGCAGACCACGACAGAUUAUAUAGAGCAAACCAUCCGAAGAACAAUCGAGGGAUAUAUGGUUAAUAGCCAAGAUGACGUCCAGUCACUUCCUUCACAUCGCACAUCUCCUGAGCCCUCAAAGUCUCAGCUGUUGCUGGAGUCGGCGGAGGCAGACUACAAGACGCAAAUUGAAGACCUCACAGCAACGCUACAGAAAACAAAGGCAGAGUUAAAGAAAAUCAAAUCUCAAUUGGAGGCAUCGGAGUCAAGAGCGGACCAACUACGAAGCAUCAUUGUACCUCGUAACGAGGAGCCCAUACUGGAUAGCGAGAUACAAAGAAUAUUCUCUGAAGUUCGGGCAUUAACCCAAUGGGUCGCUGAAAGGCUUUUUUCUAACACGGGCAAAUAUGGACAGCCCACAACACCUGAUAGUACCGCCUUCUUCGAAGAUAUUCAUGGCAUUCGUCCAGAACGUCGUCAGGAUGCCGUUCAUGCGCAUCUAUCUACACUGAUUAGACGACUGUUCUUCCCCACCAGCGUCGGUGAGUUCGACAUCGGUGGAAAGUAUGCGGAACUUCAGGAAUUAGUCGCAGUAACUGAGCGAAAAAUGAGGGGUGCCAUUACAGCAAAUCACCCUCAAGGAGCCGCUAGUGGUGAAAUGGUCAACUGGACUCGCGCCACUUUCAAAUGCCUCGACCUUCUCGUUGAUAGAUCUAAUGAGACAGAGUCAUAUGCAGUAUUUCUUGAACAGUUCUUCAAGCCAGUUGAGACAGAUGACAUCAGGUCCCAGAAAAUCGGCAGAAAAAAGCUAAAGACCCUUUGCGAAAAGGCGAACGAGCUUGGGAUCCUCCUACGACGCUCCGAGAACAUCUUUCAGAUUUUCACAGUCACGAACGGCAUUGCUUUCUCAAUUUGUGAGAGGGGGGUUGAGGAACUAAGAUGUAAUGGAAGCAGAGAUGUUAGGGGAGUGAAGGUUGUUGACUGUUGCUUAUUUGGCGGGUUGAAGAAGAUGCCAAAAGAACACCCAAGCAACGUGAUUUAUCUGGAGCGAGCGCAGGUUUCAACGAGGAUUGUAGCAACGAAGCAUUGA